AUGCUCGCAUCUACCUCCAUCUCCGCCUCUACUGUCCUGCUGCUUCUGGCUAGCGUCGCCGUCGCACAAGACGCCUCCACGACAGCCUCGCCCUCUGCCAGCCCUACGUCCACCAGCGAGGGCGCCUUCACCAUCCAGACAUCGGUUCCGGCCCAAGACCCAUGGUCCUGCUUCGAGGAAUGCUUCAUGGAGCCGUGCCCGCCCUCGCCAUGCUCCAGUACACCUAAUGCCAGCCUGGGCACCCCCGUCCCCUUGCCUCGGCCCAUUUCAGAAUCCAUCGCCUCCAUCAUCACAGACCCUUCUCUCUCCACCGUCACUGGCGUCAUGACCAUUCCUGCCGGCGAGACGCCCAUUUCUACUGGCGCCUCUGUAACCUCCACGGGCACUUCUUCGUCCCAGGCACGCAGCUCUUCGUCCCAAACAGGCAGCACGAGAAGCCCAACCAGCUCUGGGGCGCCCACGGCAACCGGCAACGCCGUGGCACUCAAUGCUAACGCCCAUCUCGCCCCGCUCGCGGCAGCCGCUGCCGGUGCUUUUGCACUGCUCUAA